ACUGAAAAUUCAUCAAUCGGCUCCCGGUGGCGAACGCGUUCGGAUGCGAGCUUUAGUUUUUGUUCCGUGCCGCGCUUCUUCUAUCUUCUAGUUGUUGUUGAUGUUAAUCUUGUUGCUCGUUCUCGUUGUUGUUUAGUUGUUCGGGAUUAAUUUGUUUAGUAAUUGCACUGCGGUCCGUCAUAUGGUGGUUGUUAAUAAGUUUUGCAGUUCGGUGUUUUUUAGUUCUUAAUAAUCAAAUGUGAUAGUCAGCUGGAGCUGCACGGAAACGUCAUUCCAACGCCAGUGAAUUGGGUUAAUCGGCAAAAGUGUGAGGGGAAGUGACAAACGUCAAAAGCAUUCGGCACGCGAAAAAAUGCAUUGGGUGGAGAAAAGUGCAUUUCCUGCCCAGUGAAAAGUGAUCCAAGUUGUCCAAGUGCAGUGAGGCCUACUACGACGACGACUGCACGGUUAAUGAACGCAGAUUAACGACGCACUGCGUAUAUCAAACGCCCAACAAAAAAGGCCUACUUUGCAAGUGUAGUUUCUAAAUCCAUCAUAGAUCACGGACGGCCUGACGCGAUAACGCACGGAACGGGCGGAAGUGGGAAGCAGUCAUAUGAAUUAUUUACGUGAAAUUGACUGGGCCUGUGAGUUAUAGAGAGCUCGUACUUGCAAAACACCCCGAAAACAAAGUUGCCUCCAUGUGCGGCUUCAGUUCCAGUAGAGUGAAUUCUGUGUGGAGUAGUUUUUUUUUUCCUCUAUACUAAAAUCGAAAGGGUACGCGAGGGCGGCCUAGUGUAACAACGACGAAAUAAAAAUGUGCUGUUAGUUGAAUCGCGCUGUGAUGUGCCAGAGUGAAACGAAAAGUACGAAAAGUAUACGAAGCAAUAGAUAACAGAAGUCUCAGCGCGCGGGAGAAGCACCAUGAGGAGAAGCAGCAACAGCAGCAGCAUGUAUCGGAAAGUGAGCCAAUUGGAGGAUGACGAGGACGCGUUCGAUGUGAACGACUACCGGGACGUCAUCAGCAGCAGCUCGUCUUCCCAGCAACUACCCCCGGGCCCCAUAGUCCGGCAACAGUCCCAGCCGCUCCUCCUCACCUCGACCGGUUCGCUCGAUUACGACUACUACGAGGACAUGGACGAGCGGGACAGCAUCUACCUGGAUGCCGUGUCGAUAAACUCCGAUGGGCCGAACGCUCGCAAGUCGCUCUACCUUUCGCGCCAAACCGUGUACCACUCGGCGGAGGAACUUCCGCUGGACGGUGCGGUUCCGGACGGAAGUGGAACGCUGCGAAGCAUCAAAACCACCACCGAAUCGCUGCUGAACGAUUCCCGCGCCAACGGAGGCCUGCCGAACCUGCCGUACGAACCGCGACCCGGUGGUUCUUCCUCGUUCGGCGGCGGUAUCCUGAAGAGGCCCGGCCUGACGACCAAAUACAACGAAGAGACGUGGAACCGCUUCCAGGAUGGCAAACGGGUGGUCGACUUCGUGCUGGCCUACAACGGCCAGGACCAGAGCGAAGAGAUGGCUCGCAAGAGGGCCACCUUCCAGCAGAACCUCCAAGCGGAGGGUUUAGAAAUCGAACCGGAAUGUUCGCAGCGAAUCCACUUCAUCAAAAUCCACGUCCCCCAGGAGGUGGUGUCCCGGUACUGCGAGAUCAUGCGCAUGCAGAUGCCAACGGUGAAGCUGCCGGGUCAGGACAAUAUUGCGCCGAAGGAUUUCAGCGUGAGCGGUUUGCUGGUUAAGCUUUUUAGGAGGCCGCUGUUCAGCUUCGUGAUCAUCGAUCGGGACAAGUUCCGCAAGAGGGAAUACCAGCUGAAGCACGAGUAUACGCGGGACAAGUCGUAUCUGUUUGACGACGGACAGCCGGAUUUCUUCACUCCGAGCAUCCGGAUAGCGGUGGCCCAUUUUAUUCUGGAGCGGACGUAUUUCAACGUGGGGGAGGAGAACAAGUACGACAUCGGGUUGAGGAAGCUGUUGAACGAUGGGGUUUAUCUGGAUGCUUACCCGCUGCACGAUGGAAAUACGGACAUGCCGGAGGUGGAGUGUCAGAGGACACUUCUUCUGCAGGAGUGGGCUUCCGUGAUCCGGUGGAUCAAGCACCAGCCGUUGGACCACAUCAAGGAGUACUUCGGGGUGAAGGUGGCGAUGUACUUCGCCUGGCUUGGAUUCUACACGCACAUGCUGAUCUGGGCUUCGAUCGUGGGUUUGCUGUGUUUCUUCUACGGAUUGCUAACGUUCCGGGACAACCGGAUCAGUCAGGACAUUUGCAACGACAACACGACGAUCAUGUGUCCGCAGUGUGACGCCAAGUGCGACUACUGGAGGCUGAACGACACGUGCACAACCUCGCAGCUGGCGCACAUAUUCGACAACAACUUCACGAUCGUGUUCGCGGUGUUCAUGUCGAUCUGGGCUACCCUCUAUCUGGAAAUGUGGAAACGGUACUCUUCGGCCAUUCAGCACAGGUGGGGCAUUACGGAUUACUGUUCGUUGGCGGAACCUCCACGGCCGCAGUACUUGUCGCGGUUGAAGGACAGCAAGAAGACGAUCUUCAACAUCAUUACCGGAACGCAGGAACCGUCGCCGCCGUUCUGGACGAGAAAGUUGCCCAGCUUCCUGUACAGUUACUCCGUGAUAUUUUUGUUUAUAACCCUAGCGAUCGCCGCCGUCUUCGGCAUCGUGAUCUACCGGAUGUCGCUGAUGACCUCGCGCAACAUCUACGGCGACCCGGACGCUGUCUCGACCAAGCUGUUGCUCCUGCCGGCGACGGCCGCCAUCAUCAACUUGAUCGUGUCGACGAUCCUGAACUUUGCGUACGACUACGUGGCCGUCUACAUGACCGACAUCGAGUACCGGCGGACGCAGAGCGAGUACAACGAGAGCCUGAACCUCAAGAUCUACCUCUUCCAGUUCAUCAACUACUACAGUUCGAUCUUCUACAUUGCGUUCGUGAAGGGGAAGUUCCCCGGCUAUCCGGCCAAGUAUAACCGGAUUCUUACGCUGCGUCAGGAGGAAUGCAGCCCCGGGGGAUGCCUGAUGGAACUGUGCAUCCAGCUGGCGAUCAUCAUGAUCGGCAAGCAGAUCAUUUCGUUGAUCCUGGAGAUUCUGGUGCCGUUCCUGUUGCAAAAGUUCCGCGAGUUCAGAAGCGUGUUGGGCAUUGAAUCGGAGGAGUCGGAGAACGGCGAGAAGCUGAUCUGUUGCAACCAGUGGACCAAAGAUUUUACACUGAUCAGCUGGACCGAUCGGAGUUUGUUCGAGGAAUACCUGAAGAUGAUCAUCCAGUACGGAUUUAUAACGAUCUUUGUGGUGGCCUUCCCGUUGGGUCCAUUGUUCGCGCUGUUGAACAACGUGUUCGAGACGCGGUUGGACGCGAAGAAGUUUUUGCUGUAUUACAAACGAGCCGUUCCGCAGCGGGUGCGAAACAUCGGCAUGUGGUACAACGUGAUGCACGUGCUCGGAAAAGUGGCGGUGAUUUCCAGCGCAUUCAUCAUCGCCUUCUCGUCGAACUUCAUCCCGCGGCUGGUGUACAUGUACGUCGUGAGCCAGGACAAAACCGACCGAGGCUAUCUGAACCACACGCUGGCGUACUUCAACGUCAGCGAUUUCGAACCGGGUGCUGCCCCGAUUGCCUCCAAGUUUGAGAACGUCACAGUGUGCCGCUAUCACGAGUAUCGGAACCCCCCGGGAGCGGAUCGGGCCUACAAGCGACCGCUCAUCUACUGGCACAUCCUGGCCAUCCGUCUGGCCUUCGUGGUCAUCUACCAGAACGUGGUCAGCUUCGUGCAGAUUGUGGUGGCGUGGGCCAUUCCGGACACCCCCGGCCGACUGCAGGACCAGAUCAAGCGGGAACAGUACCUAACGAACGAGUUCAUCAUCCAGCAGGAGAAGCUGAAGACCCGGGAGCGGAAGUGUGGCCGCAAUGGUAGCUCGAAACGGCGCAAUGGGACGCUGGCACGGCAGCAGAGCAGUUUGGAAGAAUACGGCACGACGGUAAGCCUGACCGAGGAGGAAGGCGAAGACGAGAACUACGUCCGGAGGAGGCCAAACGGUGGAACCGAUCCGUACAAUCACGAACGCUUCCAGGAGUGCGAGAUUGUGACGUCGAGAGUUUAGAUGAGGGGGCUCGAAACAAUGAUCAACCCAGUCAGUAGAGAGUGGCGUAAGCAUCCAAAUGUUAACUAUUUUUCUACUUUCGAACUUUAUAUCUUUACACUGACGACGCUGAGAACCGUACUGAUCGAAUGCCUUUCUUUUACGUUUUAAAUGGCAUUUCGUUUUGCGAAGCUUUACAUGUGAAUAUAUGAGACGCAACAUUUGGGGGAUCUGAACCCCUAGCGCAAAACUUAGAAGUGUAGCUAAAUUUUAGGUAGCUAUUACAUAGGAGCGUAAACAUUUUCUUUGUACCAAGAGAAAUUGUAUUGCAUGAACAACAAGAGGAACAACCUAACCAACACACAGCACUUAUUUAUUAAACUAGGAAAAACAAAACAACCAAUAAAGUAUAUUUUCAAUUUUACAUUCUCGAAUC